AUGCAGGAAGAGACUCACAGAAAUCAUUUUAGAAACAAUCACUUUGUGGAAAAUAGAAAAAGUGACAACAACACGAGGCUUCAGCGACUGGAAUCUUGUCCUCCGUGGUUACAGUUUAACAAAUACAUUCUCAAUGGAUAUCGAUGCAAUCUGUCCACUCCUCAGUGUGUGGAGAGCCUAUUCUACAUUCAUAACGAAAGCUUUAAUAUUUAUUCUCAUGGUAAGUAAACAUGAAGCCAUAAAAUGCAGCUGGUUUCAGUAUUCAAAAACACGGGCACGGGGGGUGACAGCUCUAACAAGGGCUGUUUCGGGAGAAAAAAAAAUUUAUUCCGGGAAUCUGGAGAUUUUGCCGGGAAUCGGGAAACCUGGGAAAUUUUUUCGGGAUAUAUGAGAUAUUUUCGGGACAUUGAGCAAAGAUUUGAUAUUACAUGUUAUCAAACAAUAUAUAUAAAGUGAUAUGCACCCAGUGUAUGCGCUGUAUUCUAUGUAUUUUGACACUUGAAAACAGCUGAACUCCCCAUGAUAUGAAAAGACCAAUCAGCAACGUUUCCAACUAAAAUAGCAUGAAGUUCGAGUGCGAUUGACCACGUGCAGUCCUCAGUUCACACCAGAUCCUGUCAUUCAUUAGCUCAGGGGUAUUUUUACGCUGCACCUUAACGAGUUUUGAGAGCACAUUCCACUGAUUGCAUACUUGAAAACUUGAAAGAAGUACGUAAGAAGUGUGUAAGAAAAAAACGAAACUCAUUUAACCUUGUUAAACACAAAUGAGGCCAUAAAAUGUAGUAUGUCUGUGAAGACUCUUUAAUCAUCCUGAUCUUGUCAGGGUCCUUCCGAUUUUGCUCGAAAAUCCCGAAUCCCGAUUAAUAUGCAUUCAGGAUAGGAAAAUUUCAGAUUUCGACAGUUGUUCUGAAAUUUUCAAAUGAAUUCUUUUGAUACUCAUUCAAUGACACCACACAGAGUAUACUUAGCUGAAAGUGAUAUCCAGAGCAAUUUCAAAAACCGCACAACUUGUAUAAAAUAAAAUUGACUCCUUCUACACGAAGUCACGCCAAUAAAAAUAAGCAUAAAAAGGACAAUUGAUUUAGAGAACAUUUUGGACAGAAUUUGUCCUCUCAGAACACUAGAAAUGGCGUUUCAGAGCACCAAGAUUUCAAAAUUUUCUGGGGCAGCAUGCCCCCAGACCCCCCUAGUAGUUGGCCCCUUCACUGCUCGCCUGAUUCAUCGGUGAUUAAAAAACAACAAAAAAACGAUUUUAUAUACUUAAAAAGUUUGACAGUCUUUCUGUGUUAACGUGAUACUCUCUAAACGAAAAAAUAACUAAGGCUAGUUAAUUAACAAGUUACAUAAUUAACAAGAAGCUGCAAAAAAUCUCUAAUCAAAAUUUUAAUUGUAAUUGUUAAAACAUUCAUAGGGAAUGCCUCCGAAAAAUUCGGGAUGGUCGACGGAAUUUCCGGGAGGACAUGAAGUUAUUCAUAGGACUGCCCAAACAGCCUUGUUAGAGUUGUCACCCCCCGUACGGGCGUUGUAACUUAAGAACAGGGCCGAGUUGUUCAAAGCUGUGUUAAGAUAACCCAGGGUUAGUGAGAGAGUUGAAUUUAGAUUUGAAAGCUUAAAAAGCAUUUCAGUUUUAGUUUUUCUGUCUACAAGUUGAUGAUUGGAAGCUCUAAAAAUAUCAAAGAAAAUUAUCAGAGAAAAUGCUUUUGAACACAAGAAAAAAAAACCUGGGUUAAAUUUAACCCCAGGUUAAGCGCUAAUCAGCCUUCGAACAACUGGGCCCAGGGUUCCCAUCGCCAGGNCCCGUACGGGCGUUGUAACUUAAGAACAGGGCCGAGUUGUUCAAAGCUGUGUUAAGAUAACCCAGGGUUAGUGAGAGAGUUGAAUUUAGAUUUGAAAGCUUAAAAAGCAUUUCAGUUUUAGUUUUUCUGUCUACAAGUUGAUGAUUGGAAGCUCUAAAAAUAUCAAAGAAAAUUAUCAGAGAAAAUGCUUUUGAACACAAGAAAAAAAACCUGGGUUAAAUUUAACCCCGGGUUAAGCGCUAAUCAGCCUUCGAACAACUGGGCCCAGGGUUCCCAUCGCCAGGCACACAAGAAGCUGAAGAAGGGGCAUAGAAAUAAAAUGGGUUAUUUAUAAUCAUCCAAGGACUUAACUUUUUUAAAAAAAAUCAAGCCUGAGCAUAAGACUCUAAAUACUGGCAUUACUAUUAAGACAAUUUGAAAUGAUAAAUGCAAAAUGCAUAAGAAAAUUAGCAGGUCUCGGCUGAUGUUAGACACUAAAACAGAAAAACAUUUACUUUGAACUUCAAUAGCUAUAUCAAGAGUUUUAUGAUAUUGAAGACCUAUAUAAUUUUCAAGAUGAUCCAUAUUCUAGUGAGUUUGAGAUUCUGAGACUUGAAUAAAUUCUAAAUGCCAAAAAAGACUCUGUUUGAGUUGGGAGACCAGUAGCCGAUCCAGGGGAGGGGCGCGGCCACCCCUUAUUUUUAGACCUAAUGGCCUGAUGAGCCGAAAAAGGCCCGCCCCCGCCCCCCCCUUAUCUCGGGGUCUGGAUGACUGCCCUUCCCCCCUCCCCCCUUCCCUUAUCUGAAGGUCGGGAUCCGCCACUGGAGAGUCACCUGCUUUGGAAAGACCAUUCUAUACCCCAUAGCCCUAUAAAAGGGAUUUAACUCAAGACGUAAGGCAUGCUUCACGUCAGUGGCACAACAUGGUUUCAAAAACGUUGUGCCACUGCCUUGCUUAAGUCACAUCUAAUUAGAUCAAUUGAGCUUAGCGCAGCAGUAGCAGGUUGUUUGAAACAGGCCCUAUUCCACUUUUGCUGCUAAAACUAGAUUCAUUCUUUCAUUUUUAUUUUAGGAAUCCCAUGUGCUGUUAUCUUGGUUCUGAUUCCACUGACAGCAAGUGCUGCUUGUCUGGCAGACCCAGUGUGGUUUUUCUUUCAUUUCUUUGCCUGUUUUGCUCCAUUCUUUGCAAGUCCUAAAAUAGUAAAUAAAUACACGGUAGUUCCUCCAACACUGUGAAUAGUUGUCGAAGAGUGAAAGCUGCAGACACCUCAGACCCGUUAUUUACGUAAACCACCAGAGACGCCUUAAGCUCGUUGAAACAUAA